AUUGUGGUUUGUAUAAAAGGUAUUUUUGCUCACAAAGUCGUGGCAUUACAUACACCGUGGUGUGGCGGUUAGGGUUUUAUUUAGUAAUACAUCAUCGACCCGCGAGGUCGUUGUGACACAAAAUGGCGAAUUUAAAAUUUUUGUUUAUAACCCUUAUGGCAGUAAACUACAUUGCUGCGAACGAGGUGACUAUCAAGGAAGAGGAUUAUGAUAAAAUAUUCGACUUCGCUAACAUGGUCUGCGCAUGUUCAGAGCAUAAGCUAGAACAGACGAAGUGUUCUUUACCGCCACCGUUCAACCAAACAGAUGGAGUUCUGAAUACUAAUGUUAACCAAUUUUGCGAAGCCUUCACAAUUAUCAAAGAUAAACAUGAUGGAACCAGCCCAACAGAACCAACCCCUGUUGUAAUAACUAAAACUACAAGCGAUGGGCCCGGAGGUUCCACAACAAAACCAACCCCCGCUGCACCAGCUAACGCUACAAGCGAUGGGCCCGGAGGUUCCACAACAAAACCAACCCCCGCUGCACCAGCUAACGCUACAAGCGAUGGGCCCGGAGGUCCCACAACAAAACCAACCCCCGCUGCACCAGCUAACGCUACAAGCGAUGGGCCCGGAGGUUCCACAACAAAACCAACCCCCGCUGCACCAUCUAACGCUACAAGCGAUGGGCCCGGAGGUCCCACAACAAAACCAACCCCCGCUGCACCAAGUAACGCUACAAGCGAUGGGCCCGGAGGUUCCACAACAAAACCAACCCCCGCUGCACCAGCUAACGCUACAAGCGAUGGGCCCGGAGGUUCCACAACAAAACCAACCCCCGCUGCACCAGCUAACGCUACAAGCGAUGGGCCCGGAGGUUCCACAACAAAACCAACCCCCGCUGCACCAACUAACGAUACAAGCGAUGGGCCCGGAGGUUCCACAACAAAACCAACCCCCGCUGCACCAAGUAACGCUACAAGCGAUGGGCCCGGAGGUCCCACAACAAAACCAACCCCCGCUGCACCAAGUAACGCUACAAGCGAUGGGCCCGGAGGUUCCACAACAAAACCAACCCCCGCUGCACCAACUAACGCUACAAGCGAUGGGCCCGGAGGUCCCACAACAAAACCAACCCCCGCUGCACCAGCUAACGCUACAAGCGAUGGGCCCGGAGGUUCCACAACAAAACCAACCCCCGCUGCACCAUCUAACGCUACAAGCGAUGGGCCCGGAGGUUCCACAACAAAACCAACCCCCGCUGCACCAACUAACGCUACAACCGUUAAACCCGGAACUGAGCCAGCUGCACCAAAAGAAGUUGAUGAAAAGGGUGGAAAAGCAGGUGAAUUCACAAAUAGCGAGGAUCCGAACAAGUAUUCGUUAGCAACGCUCCUAAUAAUACUGUUUUGUUCUUUUGGCGCCGGCCUGCUCGUUGCUUUUGCAUCUAAAAAGGGAUACGACCACUACAAAACUCGAUCAUUUGGGGGUGUCCGCAACCAGGCAUAAGGGGAAAUACGUGUUGAAGAAACAGAAGAGGGUCCUGUCAUCGUCAAAGUGAUCCCGCCUGAACAGGACAUACCGAUAUAAAAUAGGUCAUUAUAUAAUUGUAACUUAGUUGUCUGUAGUGGAAAAUAAACAUAACGGGUUGUUUAGUUGAUAUCUUAAUAAUUUGUCACUUCGUUCAAGUUAUGUACAAUGUACAAACAUAUCAUUACUCAAAGUAAAAAGAUACUUAUUUUAAAAUUAGUAUGUACAAUUGUUCAGUCUUUAAUGGAAUUUGACAUUAUAUUCACACAUCAGUGUAUUGUGCAACAAACAAAAUGGUAACAUGGUAGGUAUGUGUUAUAUUGGAAAAGCGACGCUCAAUCGUUCGAUAUUUUGUUUUGUGUAUAAUCUUGGACAGGACUUAUUAUUUAUAUAGUUAGCUUUUACCCGCGACUUCGUCAGCGUGGGUUAGUGGCUUUCGGGUAGAAAAGUAAAGAAAGCUGUGCCCACGACACCAUCAGCGUGUAACUCAUUCAGAUACAAAUAAUCACGCGCGAUGGCUUAUUAGCGUAUUAGAAGAAGACAUGGAUAGAUUAUUGUUGUCACCAAUAAGCUUGAGGCGGUGAUUGAUAGCAUAGCGAGCUGAACAAUGAUAAAGCUAGUCAGACAAUUAAUUCAUCAUCAUCAUAUCAGCUACGGGAUGUCCACUGCAAUGACUUCCAGACAGACCGGUUGGAAGCUACCUGCAUGCAACGGCUCCGUGCGACCUUAACCAGCAUCUUAUAAUAUUCUCAUAAAACCUGUAAAAGAUAAUUAAAGUUGGCUUAUUUGGUAUGUUUGUCUGUCUUGUAGCCUAUGCCAACAGUCUCAUUCUUUCGAUACGGCUGGCUACUCAGGUCGGUUAGUUCUAGAGUCCACUACCUAGCCACUAGUAGUUUGGAUUCUGGUGGUAAAUUAUUAUUUUACGAUUUCUUUUUGUUUUUGUUUUAAAUGUCGAUUUUAAUAUGUAAAAAAUGUGUAAAUAAAUCAAAUAAAAAAUAUAAGUUAAAUGA